UGCUUUCCUUCGCGCGAGCAAAGAGGGGGAGGGCAAACAGGCACUGGACAGACCCAAAUCCCCGUAGCUCCAAACAUCCAGAAGCUUCUAGACCAAACCUUCAAACCCAUCGCCUCGGGUUCCGGCCAUGUCGCUCUCGUCGGCGCGCCAGCGUCGUGCCACGGCGGCGUCUCCACCGACCGACGAUGGGUACGCUAAGGACGCCAAGGACAGGAGGCGGCGGCCCGGCGGCGACGGGGACGGUGAGGACGAGGGUAUCAAGUGGUUCCUCCCGUUCCUGGCGCUCGGGCUCCUCCGCCACAUGAGCGCGUCCUCCAACCUGAUCCAUGACUGCGACGAGGUUUUCAACUACUGGGAGCCCCUCCACUUCCUCCUCUACCGCUCCGGCUUUCAGACCUGGGAGUACAGUUCUGAUUUUGCUCUUCGGUCAUAUUUGUACCUUUUUUUUCACGCUCUUGUAGCUGGGCCUGCUUCACUGAUCUUUGGUGAGAAUAAGGUUCGUGUGUUCUACUCAUUGAGAAUCUUUCUUGGUCUCAUUUCAACUAUUACCGAAACUGUUCUGGUGGUUGCUCUUUCAAGAAGAUAUGGGAAGCGACUUGCUUGUUAUGUUCUUGCAAUGCUAUGCUUAUCCAGCGGUUGCUUCUUUGCCAGUACCAGUUUCUUGCCAAGUUCAUUCUCCAUGUAUGCAGUAACACUUUCAUCUGCACUCUUCCUUCUUGAGAAAUAUGCUGGUGCAGUCUCAGUUGCAGCUGCUGGAGUGAUCCUUGGUUGGCCUUUCUCAAUUUUGGUUUUCCUCCCUGUUACUGUUUAUUCUCUAAUUAGAGGAUCUUUUAGAAGGGUUUUUCUAUCUGGAUUUUUUACUUCACUGUGCUUUCUUGUUCUUUCGUUUGUUGCUGAUUACUACUGCUAUGGUCGACUGACAUUCUCGGUGUUUAAUCUUCUGAAAUAUAACGUUCUUGGUGGUGGUGAAAGUCACUUGUAUGGAACCGAGGGGCUUUCAUUUUACUUCAGGAAUGGAUUCAAUAAUUUCAAUUUUGCCUUCAUCCUGGCUCUUCUUUUCUUGGUGGUUGUACCAUUUGCAAGAAAGAAAUAUGCUCCUGAUCUACUGAUAGUUGUCUCUCCUGUCUAUAUCUGGUUGGCUUUCAUGUCUUUGCAGGCACACAAAGAAGAAAGGUUUCUCUAUCCAAUUUACACAUUGAUAUGUGUUGCUGCCGCAGCUGUUAUUGAUAGCUUACCUGAUCUUUUCCAUGACAAAUAUUCAUCUGAUCAGUCUAUUUUUGAAAAGAUAGCGAAGGGUCUGCGUCCUUUGAUCCUUGGUUUCAUUUUGUGUGCUUCCCACAGCCGAACAUUUUCCAUGUUAAAUGGAUAUGGUGCUCCCCUGCAGAUCUAUCAGCAUCUAGAACAUCAUGAUGACACUGGGCCCGGGUCUAUUCUCUGUGUUGGAAGUGAGUGGCAUCGCUAUCCAUCAUCGUUCUUCAUACCCUCCUAUAUCAGUGAAGUUCGGUGGAUAGAUGAUGGCUUCCGUGGAUUGCUUCCAUUUCCCUUCAAUGAGACCCUGGGUGGAACAACUGCAGCUCCGUCAUACUUCAAUAACAAGAACAAGGCUGCUGAAGGGCAAUAUCUUAAAGACAUCGGAGCAUGUACCUUACUGGUGGAACUUGAUCUAAGACGGCCUUAUCCCUCACGCGGGAGUGACUUGUCAAAGUGGGAGGCACUGGCCGCACUACAGUUCCUGGAUAGAGAGCUUUCCCCUGCACUAUACCGGUCCUUCUUCAUACCAUACCGAUGGCAACAAAACAACGUGUUCGGCCUGUACAAGCUACUGAGGAGGUUGCAUCCUGACCAUGCGUGAUCAAGAGGCGUGUGGGGUUUGCUUCAAUGAGCUUAAUCACGUGAUUUAUUUUACCAAACAGCUCAUUAAAUUUGACUGAUAUAGGUUUUCUGAUCCGAAUGGGUUUUCCUAGUGGGUAAUGGUGAACCCGAUUUUCUCCCACUGAUCGUCCCACCAUACAAUACAGAACCAGAUUACGAGCUGUAUAACUGAAUUAGCCCCUUGACGAGGACGAGAGUUGUGAACUGCUGAUGUAGUGAUGUUCGAGGAGAAUCAUGUUUGCGGGCGCUGGUCAGUUGUGUUCUGAAACUGCUGUUUUUGCCAGUUGUAACUUGUUUGGAUUGUUUGUUAAAUCAAGGCCCAUGACAGACUGAUGGAUUAGCGAUUAAUUCAUGGAACCAACAUCAUUGAGAUUUAUA